CAAAAAUCAUUUUACUUUGAUAGACCGUUUAUAAUUAUGAAAAACAGUGAAUAUAAUGUAUAACAGAAUAUAUAAUACGUUAAUUGUUGUAGGCUUUGUUUUAGUACAAUAUAAAGUUUUAAGCACCAUACAUCGAGUGGUAGGAGGUUACGACGCCCCUAUAGAAUUCGGAAAAUUUCACGCUUCACUUCAGAAUUUGACUGGCCACCAUGUAUGUGGCAGUGCAGUUGUGUCAAAAUCACAUGUUGUCACUGCUGCACACUGUGUGCUAGGUGCUGAACCUCAAUACGUUAAAGUUGUUGUUGGUACUAACAAUUUAGAUAAAGGAGGACUACAAUAUAACGCCGAGGCUAUAAAUAUCAAUGAGGGGUAUGAUGGUACUUCGAGAGUUAAUGAUAUAGCUAUAGUUAAAAUAACUGGUUCUUUUGAUUUACAACAUGUUACCAUUCUUGAUUUGGAUAAUAAUGAAUUGUCAGAAGGCGAUCCUGUAAUUCUGACGGGAUUUGGAGCGCAAGAGCCUAAUGGAGAAUCCAGUCGUCAAAUGUACGCGCUCAAUUUAACAGUAUUCUGUCAGGAAACUUGUCGAUACGCAAUGCGCUAUUCAAAGGAGGUCGUCGACAGCAUGUUCUGCACUUUUACACAAAUUGGUCAAGGAACUUGUCAUGGAGAUUCUGGAGGCCCACUUAUCAAAGAUAACAAACUUGUAGGCUUAGUUUCAUGGGGGAUUCCUUGUGCUGUUGGAUUUCCUGAUGUGCAUACCAGGAUCUCACAUUACACAGAAUGGAUAAAAGAAGAAACGAAACAUUAUUUACCUACACAGUUAUCCAGAUUUAAUUUAUAGCAGUGCAAACUGGUCCAUGUAUAUGUAAAAUCUUGUACUCUGGCAUAUAAAAAUUGACGCCAUUCUUUUAAAUCCUUAGAUAAAAAGAUGUAUAUUUCUGUAUUUUAAUUUAAUAACUAUGUCGUGUUGAGUAGGUAAUUAAGACGUAUCCUAAUUACGUAUUAACCUAAUGUUGUGUACAACUGUAGAACUAUUUAAUGAUAUCUAUUUAUUUAUUUAAACUCUAUUGACCAAUAAAAUGUGCUACAAAGGCGGACUAAUACUAUAGGCAUUCUGCACCAGUCAACCAACAAAAAAUAUUUAUAUUUUAGUAUAAAAUGGUAAUUAGAUACACACAAACAAUUAUAAAAUAAACAUACAUAUUUAUAUAUUACUACUUAGGUAUAAAAAUAUACACAUAUACAUACAUGUACACAUACAUAUGAUGAACUAUUGCCUACUUGUUUACUUUUUUGAUUUAAAGAAUUUAAUAGAUAAGAUUGAGCACUGUUCUUGAAGGCAAAUUUAAUAGAUAGGUAGGGAACGAAAUCUGGAUAGGUAACGAAAUUUAAUAGUACAAUUUAUAUACGUAAAUAUCUGUGUAAAUAUAAGUGAAGUCUUAUUUUUUGUCUAUAAUUAAAAUAAAACAAAAUGUAGUUUAAUGUAUUUUAAUAAUCUUA